AUGGUCGCGAUAGAAGAAAAUUACUUUAAUUACACGGAAACAAUAUUAUGGGACGAACAACCUCACAAUUCGACGUCAGAUAACUCAACAGAUACAAAUUUAUGGUGACUCUGGCUGCUGAUAGGAAUUCUAGGAAUGAUUAUUAUGAGUGUGAUCGGGUUUUAUUUGUAUAGGCAUAUAAAGAAGCGAUCAUGGCUUAAGAAACGAAGAGCGAGCGAAAUGCUAGUAAAUGAACUUACAGAUUUUUAG